GCGCGACGAGCAUGAGCUAGAGAGAGUAGUAUGUGUAGUGCGCAUACGUAUGUGUGUAUGUGUGAGUGUGUGCGUGUAUGAGUGCGAUUGAGAUUCUAUGGAGGCUUUUUCUUAAUUAGACACACUUCAGCUUCAUCGUCCAUCUGCUGUUUGGACAUGACUUUGUUUGCAUGGAGCUGAACAUCUUUGAAUACACAAAUUGACUGUUCUUAGAAAGAGCUGAUCGAUCCAAUUAUGAAUCAGAUAGAUAGGAAUCUGUAAUUUGAAGAAGUGAUCUUAAACAAAGCCAAGAACAAUCAAAGAAGGGCAGAAUGCUGAAGACCCUCACUAAAAAACUCAGAAGACACUCUCUAAAUGAGAUCCAUCCGUUUCAACUGAAGAUUUCCUACCAUGGCAGUGAGGAAGGGGGGGAGAGUGAAGACUCAGAAGGUGAAAACCAAGAGUUGGCACAGAUUGACAGAGAGCGCCGGCGGAAUUGCGCCUUGACCCCUCUAGCCACAAGUCAGCAACACAACCAGGGCAUUCUUUCUCCCGCUCACUUACGCCGUCUCCGUUUACUCCUGGACCCUACCCUGGACCGCCACAGCUCCGAAGAGGAGCUGGAGCGCAUCGCAGGAGCCACAGGGGCCGAGGGGAGCCGGAAGUGGCACAGACAUGGUGACAUGAGCAGCGCCUCUAGUGACGAGGAGGUGAAGGACCUGUGUGGGCCAAAUGAACCGUCGGCCGGGGCUCGUUUGAGCGCCACCUCUCCCAGCCCUGUUCUCUUCAGCUCUUCCCCUCCUCGAGCUCUCAAGCCUUCCCACACGCCAACCCGCCUCCCUGUUAGGCCCAUCAUUCUCAGCCACUUUGAACAACCUUCCAUGCCUUAUUGGCGGCACCGGCCCACUUACACAGGAGAACCUGGUCGCCCCAGCCUAGACCUGGAGAAAAUGCAGCAGAAAAUGCUUCUAAAAAAGAACUGUGGAGGGAAAACGAGGACUAUCAAGAUUCGGAACCUGAGUGGCGGCCGUCACGCACCCCGAUACUCCUACGAUCCAUCCAUCUUCGCUUUCCGCCCUCUGAGCAACGCUCCGCCCUGCAGCCCGCUGCUUUCUGCUGAGGAACCUCCGUGUACUUGAGGGAAAGGACUGGAAAUUUGCAAAGACGAAACAUCACAAAUUUGUGGACCAAAAAUCCCCAACAUAAAGACAAUGUAUGUUUGCAUUGCCUUUUAUUUUGCAGGAUAUUAGUGUGAACAAAGGCCCUGUGAUAAGGCCUGUGGACAAAACAGGAAAUAUGAUCAGGGCCAGAAUGUAUGAGAGGAAUGAGGAGACGCAACCUUUCGCCUUUAGCCGUCUCAUCCUCUCUAUCUCUCAGGAAACCCACUUAGAACUUAUUAUUAUGACAAGGCCAUGACCACUGCGCUAUCUAUAAAACCACAACCAAAUGGUUUGGUUUCUCUGAUGUGUUUAAUAGGAGUGAGCAGAGAUUGGUCAGCGGUUUGUAGAUAACGUCUGAUGAUUUGGCCACAUGGUUAUGUUGUGACCGUUGGGUUGAAGGUAAAAUGUAAGACCUUCAUUAGGUUUAAGGCAUUUGGUUGUUUAGACAGCGAAAUGUGAUGAGAGACAAUCAGUUUGAUGCCAGAAUGGGCCUUAAAUAAUAAAACCGGUUUUUAAUAAAAUAAAGCUUUUUGCUCUAUAACCAGGGUAAACCGGAAAACUAACAAUCAUAAUGACAGCACAGGACAGAUCUUCCAAGUCAUUGUUCGACUUCAGAUGUUACGCAAGUCUGACCAUAACGAUGUGUCAGUAAUCACAGAUUAUCUGAUAUGUAUUCCAAAGUAAUUAAAUCUCAAAUGGAGAACGGGGAAAACAAAAAACACUAUACUAGAGUCUUUCAACAUCAUAUAUUAAACGUGCGCCUUACUAUGUAGCAUACUCAGUACUAUGUACCUAAAAUAUAAUGACUUUUGCCAUCAAUAUCUAGUUUUAUGAAUGUUUGACACUGUUUGAACACACACCAGGGAUUAAAUCAUAGCCCUUAUACACAGUUGAUGCGUUCAGAAUGAAAUACUAGCGUACUGCAUACUGCAAAGUACACACUGUAUACUGUUUACUAUUUAAAAAAAAAAAUAGAAUGUGAAACAGGAUACAUUAUAUUUGCAAUAAAUGUUUCAAAAGGUAUGUUGUUUAUUUUGGAAGGUUUGUUCACAUUCAUUUCUUAAAAAAAAAAAUUAAUCAAACUUGAAAUGAAAGAUAAAAUUGAACACAAUGUACUGUGGGAUAUACAGUAGUAUUCUUUAGGAAAUAUGCAUACUGUGCACAGUAUACAAACAACAUACUGCAGAAAUAGUAACAUGAGUAUGCUAGUAUGCUAUUCCGAACAUAGCCUAUGUGUUAUUCUUCUGAUGUGUAGAAAAUUACAGAACUCAACAUGUGAUCUGUGGACAACAGGAAUCCUAUCCAUGCAGUAUAUUUCAGAAACUAUUCUUCUGAGGAUUUUGACUAUGGAUGUAAUGUACUUAGCAGCAUACUUUAAUACUGAAUGUAAACUGCAGUUGGAACCCCAUGUAAGGGUCGAUAAGCUAGGCCAACCCGAGGGUGAUCAAUAAGGACAAUUAUUCAUAGUUGUUGCAUAAGUUUCACCUAGGUGUUACAUGUAUCUAUGUGAAACAAAUACAAUAUUUUUUAAAUAUAGCUAUAUGGACAUACAGUACAGUACAUGAUUGCAACGUGAAAAGUUGUCCUUUUCUGUCUUUAUGCCUAAAAUGAGGGGAAUAAAUGUUUCUUCCCA